UGUUGAGCUUCUUCUCACGUAUGUUUAUUACAUGGAGAUGGAGGUGUGCAUGUUUCACUGUGUGAGUGAGGAACCAGGCGUGUGGAAGGUGGGUGUGAGUUUCAAGAUAGGAAAGUGGUUGUUGCGUUGUGAUGGGUCGCGCAGGACGCUGGUAGACGGGUCAGCUGUUCCCUCCCGGCCGGGCCCAGUUAGUGGUCUCUCCGCUGUGGCAGCUGCUGGAGGUGUAUGAAACGCGGGGGUCGCUGUGAUAAUGAUAGUGAUAACGAAGGUGAUGGUGAGGGUGGUGAUGGCGAGGGGGGAGUAGUAAAUAUGCAGUCGAUGUGCGUACUGUGAUAGUAAAGGGAAAUAUGUGUACUGUCUUUCGGUAGCCGUUUAAGUUUUCCGCAAGAAACUAAGCGAAUCCCCUUUUCCGAGAGCCCUUGUAUGUGGCUUUCCCAUUACGUAUUUGUAUAAAAUGUACAGCUGGAGGUAUUCUCAAUAGCCUAAGGUAUCUUUAAAGGAUAAGAAAAACGAAUUGAGUGGAUAUCCUCUGUGAACGAAGGUCAAUUAGCCACUAAUAAGUGAAACCUAAAGUAAAAACCAGAUUAUGCCUAUACGUGUCGUGUCGCCCAAGUUACCUCAGCAAGUCGUGAUCACAUCUUAGUAGCUAAGAUUUGUAUCCACGGAUAGUAACCUGCGGGUAGACCAACGUCAACAACCAUUUAAGAAAAAACCCUUAAUAUUGCAAGUAACGAAGAAGAGAGAGGAGAUAAACAACUAAGCAAGAUAAGGACACUGGAGGGAGAACGAGAGUGUAGCAAGGAACCAACUCACCAGGUGAGUUACUGUGACGUCGCUGCCAUUCUCUAUGUCAAACACUGGUGCCACGUCUCCUGAACUCCCCAGUCUAGGACACUGGUGCCACGUCUCCAGCGUUAAAAGGCUGGUUCCCGAUGACUUGAGACAGGCCACCACCAUGAACUGUCACAUCUCCACCCCUUCGGGCGGGGACUUACGAGCCAAUAUUGAGGGUCUCCUUAAGAAGUUUCGAGUUACUAAAGAAAACGAGAAGGAGAGCGAGAUCUUCACACUGGCCAACCUGGAUAAUGGUUGUAUCCGCAAGUUUAUUGUGAAGAAAGUCGACGAGUCGGCUUUCCUCGCCUCCAUCAACAACAAGACGAGAGAGGAUAGUAAAUCUCUGACGGACGAGAACGAGAACACGGCUGUUCUUGAAGGCGAGGACCGGGUGGACGACGCCUGCCCUCUCGUUCCCCCCAACCACGAGAACACCAACAACAAACAUGACAAGAGCCACAACAACAACAUCAACAACAAUAACAACAACAACAAGAACCACCACCAGGGCCCUCUAGCCAACGGAAAGGUGAAGAAUAUAGAGAGAAAGUCAUCUAGAUUUCGUUUAGGAUGUGAUGACGAUUCCGAUGACGAUGAAGACAUUAUGCCCGGGGACGAUAAAGACGAUAAGGACGACCCCGGGGUGGUAAAUCCAGCCUUCUUCAGCAGUGAGGACGACGACGAGGUGGGGCGAGGCGACGGUUCCACCACCUCAGCCAGGUCGUCCCCUGAUCAGUCUCCUUCACCCUCCUCCAGACUCAACUUCAACAGCAUGAGUCCCCGUCCCAGCCCCCGCCACUCCCCGGUCAGCCACCGGUCGGGGAACCUGAGCCACCGGAGCUCUGUGUCCUCCGUCAGGAAGGGCAUCCUGAAGAAGAGUGGCUCCUCCUCCACCAUCAACAUGGAGAUGGUCAACUUGGGUCUGCAGCAGAACGCGGCGGCGGCAGCAGCAGCGGGCAACACCGCAGUCGUGAACGGGUACCAGAGAGCGAGAUUUACAGAUCCUUACGACGACAAUUUCGUCCCCGUCGACACCCACCGCUUCGUCGGCUCCUCAGAAGAAUCCAAUUACGUGGCUCAGAAGUCUCUAGGAGGACACCGGGUCAAGUUCAUCCUGGAGACCGGCAAACCUGACCACGUGCACGGCUCCUACGACGACAUCCGGAUAGAGAAGAUGGAGAGAGAGAGGAUUGAGAGGAUAGAAAGCGGGAAGAACCUGGAGGUAACCAACAUGACGGGGGACAAGGGCGGGAGGAAGUGCCUGCUCUUCUGUGCCGCCAUGCUGGUUCUCACUGGCUCUGUCAUCGUGGCCGGGCUCUAUGGUUCUGGGAAACUCAAGAAAAUCACAGACUACGGCCAAGGUAUACAGAGCAGCAGUCUAUAUGACGGUGGUGAUGGAAAGACUACUACUACCUCCCCGACUUUGUAUUAUGUUCCCAACGCCAUAGAAGUCAAGUUCAAGAUCGACAACCUGAACUUUACGAAUGAAUUAGCCGACACCUCCACCGAUACUUACAAGACCCUAGCCACCGUCCUGCAGCGAGAGCUGGAGACCACGCUCAUAAGUACAGACGUUCGGUACAAUGGAAAAGCCAAAGUGGUUCUCAAGAUUCUGAAAUUUGAAACUUUCAGGGUCGGAAGUAUCACCUGCACCUUCAGGAUAGGAUGGAAGUAUUACAACGAGCAGGACAACGGCCACCAGACGGCGCCCCUUAACCUAACCAUCGUGAGGAAGCGGUUAGACACCAAAGUGGAAAACGGUUACAUGUUGUUUAACGAGAAGUACAGUGUGCCCCGAGACUCUGUUAUUGUUGAGAGGCUGUUGGAUAAGUGUCUCAACAACCAGUCGCAGUGUUCUCAUGGGUGUAAGUUCUCACGUGAGGAACUGCGCUUUGUCUGCGAGUGUCCUGACUAUCUCUACCUCAUCAACGCUACUGUGUGUCAGGACCCAAAUCAGUCAAGGGUUGCAGCAGCCACCACCUUGACCACUGUGACUUCGACCCCCUCCACGACAGAGAUUACGUUCAAAGAAUUGUUCAACAACGUCUUUAGCAAACAGCAGGGUAAAGCCACCUUCCUUGGUAUAAAAUCAGAGACGACGGAGACAGAGAUUGAGGUGCCUCCUAAACUCUCUGACCAGGAUUCUUCAGCAGCUAACACAACGGCCGCGGGUGAUGCCAAGCUUAUACCUGAUGGCAGUGUUGUCAAUGGUACCAACACUACCAGUACCAUCGCUGUCAGUGGUACCAACUUUACCGAUACUGAUAUUGUCAGUGGUACCAACACUACCAGUACCGACACUGAGGGAACAGUCACAUCUUCAAUUACACCCACUAAUGUAACUAGUGAAGGAGUGAGUGUUAGUGGGAGCCCCACUGAUGUUGGUACUUCUACUUCUGAAGGACUUACAACUAAUACCACUAAUGUCACAGUCAGUACAACUGGCACUCUUGGUGAAGAUGUUGCCAUGGAAACAAAUAAAACGUCAACAGCUGUUGAUGUGACCUCCCCGGUGGAUGACCCAAGCCAGGUCAAGGAGGAGGAGGGUCAGCCUUCAGCCGGGGUGUCUGAGGAAGUGACUAAAGAAACUGAGGCUGAACCUGAAGCUGAGGUUGUUGUUGACAUCACACCAGAGGUUAUUACUAACACUACAUCAGAGGUUGUUACUAACACUACAUCAGAGGUUGUUACUAACACCACAUCAGAGGUUGUUCCCAGCACAACCCCAGAGGCUGUUCAUGACACAACCCCAGAGGUUGUUCAUGACACAACCCCAGAGACUGUUCAUGACACAACCUCAGAGGUUAUUACCAAUGCCACCUCAGAGAUUGUUAGUAACACCACAGUGGAGGUUACUGCUGAGGAAGUGCCUGCCACUGACACAACCUCCUCCACUACUGAAGCAGCCACCAGCACCACAACCGUACAGGCCACAACAGAAGCUCAGAUGAAUGUGACGACGACGACGACAAGUAAGACACAGACAAGUGAGGGUGAGGGGCAGGGGGCUCCUACACCACCACCACACACGGUCGACCAAACUAUCAAAGUGGCUGAAACGCACAAUGAGACAAUCACAGGUGACACAGCACCUGAGAUGACCACUGAAGACCAGGUCCCUCACCAGCCUUGGGCCAACACCAGUGGCCUCACCCCAGAGAUCUAUGUAUCUCCUGGCACACGUCUGGAGGACAUUACAGCAUUCUCUAAGGCCCACGCUGGCAAGUACCCCAUCAUACAAGAUCUGUCAGCACUCAGGCCAGGAGACUCCCCUGGGGAUGUCCGUCUUCAAGAUAUGAUCUUGCCUGAGGAUCACUUCAAUAUUGUGUCAGAAGUGAGCACGGCUGUGAACACCACCCAAGACUCUAUGACACAAAAGGCAGCUCCUGGAGACGGUUCCCAUGAUGGCCAACAAGCUGCCCACAACACCACAAGUCCUGAAGCAGCGCCUGACACCAGCAGUCAUGACGACAGUUCAAGUAAAGUGUCAGUUGACACAGCUGUUAUAUAUAAUAAUGAGACAACGUCAACCACCACACAGAAGCCUGUUGUCAUAAUAACAGCAUCCAAGGCUGACGAAAUUCAUGACGAAGUUCCUGAGGUGGAGGAAGAUACCUUCAGUAAGGAGGUGGUGACGGUACGAGCCACAGAGUAUGAGGGUAACCCGGUGUUUGCUAACAAGACACCACCACCAGUACCGACAACAACAACCACCACUACUACCACCACCACCACCACACCAACCCCUCCCACAGUCUCAGAACUUCCUCAGGUGACUGACAAACCACCCCAGGAUGAUGCUAACAACACAAACAUUCAGAAGGAAGGAGAGAGUCAAGUUCCUGAACCUGACAACACUGACCCAGGUAUUGACUUCAGCAUUAUCUUUGAUGCAAGUUCUGAUCUGGGCACCAUGAGAGGCAACACCACUACUGGCUCAGGAACCUCUUCUAUAUUGCCUCCACCACCACCAUCUGCUGCAACCACCACCACCACAACAACAACAACUCCUUCCACAACCUCAGAGUCAUCUAGUGUUGUCGUCCCAGCUGAAGUUGCUGCUGCUGGGACACCUGGGGACACGGGGUCGACCCAGGUGCAGGAGCCAGGUAGUGGUACUGCUGCUGACCCUGACCUGACCUUGAACAUCAAUAAGGAAGUCAAGACCACAACUGUUUCCACUCCCAAGUUGCUGUGUGGUGAAGACCAGGUGGAGUGUGUGAACGGAACCAGUUCUUUGGGUCGCUGUAUCCCUCGCACUGCUCGCUGUAACUCUGUACCCGACUGUUUUGACAUGUCCGAUGAAUACCAGUGUGUGGAGAACAACUGCUUUGGUAACUUCCAGUGUCUGGAUGGUGAGUGCAUUGAGAGGCAGUAUGCGUGUGAUGGUGUUACCAACUGUCGAGAUGGUGAUGACGAACUGGAUUGUGACUCCUGGCAGUGUUUAGCGGAUGAGUUCAAGUGUGGAGGAAUGGUCCCGUCUCCCUGCAUCCCUCUCUCCCUACACUGUGAUGGCCAGCCUGACUGUAUUGACCAUUCCGAUGAGAUGAACUGCAGCAGUCAAUGUCCUGAAGAUAGCUACAGGUGCCCUGAAGAUUGGUGUAUCCCUCUGGCCAGGACCUGUGAUGGCACACCUGAUUGUCAUGGUGGAGAAGAUGAGAUGAAUUGUGGUUGCUCUGGCCAGGACGAAACAUCAUGUGCUGUGGGUGGAUGUGUACCAGUCUUCAACCUGUGUGAUGGUCUGAGACAAUGCCAGGAUGGGUCUGAUGAGUGGCAUUGUGUCAGGAUAGAUAACAGUACACGGCAGCUUGAGAUCAGGAGCGGAGAGAACAGGUGGAUGGCCGUGUGUGGUAAAGGCUGGACAAAGGAGUGGAGUGACGUGGCCUGUGAACAGCUGGGUGCAGCCGCCUCACUCAGUAUGGAGGUGAGACGAGUGGACGAGGCAGUGCCGCGACCUCGAGUGAUGCUGGCACCCAAGGCGUCACCCAGGUCACUCACCCCGCUACAGUUCGUUCUUAACUCGGACUGUACGAGCGACUCUCUUGUCCUUCUCUCCUGUGAAGAACAUACGUGUGGGUCGUGGAGCGUCGGGGAUGAUGUGCUAGAGGAGCAAUACCUGCCCGCUGGAGAAGUGAGGCCACCUAUCACGGAAGGACUAUGGCCCUCGCUGGCACUCUUGCUCAGGACUCACCCCAGCAACAACACUCAUGCUCGCACCGAGUCCUGCACUGCCUCCAUCGUCGCUCCUAGCUGGGUCCUGGCCGCCUACUCCUGCCUCGCUGCUAAAGAGAACGGGCUAGACGCAGGCACCUGGGCUGUUGUGUCAGGGGUCGCCACUCCCACAGUCACCACCAAGUUCCACUAUGUAGCCAAGAUGGUCCUCUUCCCUGGCACUGUGAAGACUGGUGGGCUUUGGACUGGUGAUGCUGUGUUGCUGCGGCUCAACACUCCUCUCCUGGGGCCAGAUACUCCCGUGGGUCUGAGACAUAACACACAACCAAUAUGUGUUCCUAAUGGUCCUCCUGCCAGUAACGCCCAUUGUGUGGUGGCUGGAUGGACCCACUCUGAGCACGGGGUGGACGGCGUGAAUCAGUUUCUUCACUAUGUGCCCGUGCCCACCCUGGACCUUGAUGCCUGUAACACCACCCACUACCCAGGCCGUCUCAAUCAUGCCCAUACAUGCAUUGGCUUCACUGAUGCCCAACAUGCCCCCUGCCAUGGGGACGAGGGCAGCCCACUCAUGUGUCGUAGUGAGACGGGGGCGUGGCGGCUUGAGGGUCUCCUCACACACCAUGCCAGGUGUGGCCGAGCGAGACACCCGGCAGUGUUCACGGCUCUCCACGCCCUCCAACCCUGGCUCAGUAACACCAUAGGUACUCCAUAUGUGCCCAGCUUUGUCACUACCACCACCACCACCACAACCACAACCACAACAACCACAUCUACAACGACCACACCGACCACCACUACUACCACCACUAAUCCCCCAGUCCAGCAGUUUGCCACAGUCAACAAUACCACAGCCAUCAAAGAGGCCUUGCCACCUGUGUCCUCGCCCGGCAAUGCUCCACUAUAGCGACUACUGGGGCUCUAGUAAGACUUGUGAAAGGUGCCAUACGUGCUAUGAACGUGCUAUAAUAUGUGCUAAAACCAUUAAUUACAUGAGGAUUUAAAAGCUACAAAUUGUUAUUAUCCAUUACUGUGAUCAUAAUAUACUGUAGCUGUAUCUAGUGACUUACUGGACAUUAUUGAUAAGUGUACACCGAGCCACCCAUAGACCAGGUGGUAGCCAGUGUGAGACAAGACAAGUAGUGCCUUGGGGUAAUAUGUUGUGAUGUGUGAGCUGCCUUGAAUAAACUGACCCACACAAGGUGCCAUGUUGGGAUCUCAACUCUCACUGGUGCUGCCUGAGUGAAGCAUCAAAAUUUUAAACAAUACAGUGGCAAGAUGUAUGUGCAGUUCAAAGCUGUAAAAUUAUGAUGCUGAAGGUGUGUUGAAAGUGAAUUUUUUUACAAGAGUUUUGUAGUGCAAUUGAUUUGGAAAUUACUGAGAAAAGAAAAAUCUUGAAAUGUGAGUUGCUUGAUACAAACAGUGAGGGGAGAGCAACAUUGAUGGUGAGAAGCUACAGCUGCAGCCUCCUCCAGUGUUAACCAAAUACAACACUUCAAGCGAAAUAACAUUAUCACAUUUUCUACCGAGAGAAAAAGUGAGCUUAUUGUCAUACACGGACCAAACUAACGCAUUUAUGAAGCUGAACUAUCAUGAGUGAGAUUGUGAUGAUGAUUAUGUUGUUGUGGCCAUGUGAUUGACAGGUUGUGUGUGUGUCUGGGAGUGUGAGCUUAAGGCUGUGAGUCGUGAUGGCCGAUAUCACUCCAGGAUAGCAUUAUAUAUAUAUACACAUGUUUUUAUAUAUAUAGCACUCGGCCUUAAGACCCAGAAACCGCCAAUCACGUUAUACAUUCAUAACACGGGUAUGAAGCAGUCACUAGCGUACUGUAGAAUAGGUUACAGGGGCCAUCCAUGCCAGGGUGCAGGACCACUGAGAACUAGCAUGCAGGGUGUGAAGGAGAACCUUCUUAUACUUAGAUGGUUAGUGACCUUAUGAUGGCUGGCUGGGCUGAUAUGUGUGAAGACAUCUUAACAGGUGUACGAGACGUAGUACCGCUUUCUAACUAAAAGCUGCUAAGAUGUGAAGGUUGAGUCUCAGCUGUGAGGUAGAGUUUAAGGAAAUCAUUUAGGGUUGAGAAUACAGUAUGUGAACCUCCUGCCAGUACAGUAUUCUGAAUCUUGUAUUCAACUUUACCUGAGUCAAGGUACAGAGAUGCAACAGUAUGAAUCGAGACAUUGAGGUCAGACGUAGGAAAACGUAAGGCGUGUUGAUGAUGAUAGUGAUAAUGAUGGUGUCAGCCCAGUAGUCCAGGUCACACAGUGUUCUCAUAUGAUGAACAUGCUAGAAAAAUAAGAGACAUUUGAUAGGUACUGUAUAGAAGCCAUGAAUCAUGAUACAAAUUUAAAUUAGCAAAGUCAGUUAUGUGUUUUGACACUAUACCUACAACUUACCUUAGACACAGUGAUUGAGGGGAUCUUGAUUCACAGGUAAAUUAAGCACAUCAAGGUGUAACAUAUUUUGAGCUUAUCCACUGUUUGGUAAAAUUAAAAAAAAAAAAUCGGCAAUGAGAUCGGAUUUUUUUUGUAAUAGUAUUUGUUUACUCCCAAGAGAUCUGUUGUGUGUGUGUGUGUGUGUACACGAUCUACAUAUAUGACAGGCAAAUAUUUUAUUAUUUCAUAAAUUGACAAAAAUGUCAAGUCCCCAAAAUACUGUUGGUGCUAAACUUGUUGUAUGCAAAGUAAUGGUUAAUUAAUUAUUUGACUUCAAAGUGAAAUUACAUUUCCUGGCCUCCUGAUUAGGUAAAAGACAAAGGAUGUAAUUCAGUGCCUUCCAAUUGGCUGAAAAAGUGUGAUAUACUGUAGUAUUAUUGACUCCUUUAAUUGGCUCAGAAAGAAGGUAGAGUAUAUUCAACUCUUAUGAUUGGCUGGGAAAGAGAGUCUUAUCAUAAUACCGCCUCCUGAUUGGUGUUCUUGGAGGGUCUUGUGCAUCCUCCUAUGGUCAAGAUGGACCUGUUGUCUUUGGUUGUUUACAGCUCAUAUAUAUUCCCAUAGUUUACACAUAAGACAAUUGCCCAUAAAGACACUGCUAUUGAAACUCUCACUCCAGCUGUACGUACGUGAGAUUUCUUGUAUUUUUUUCUACUGUAUAUUAUGAAACCAUAUUGUGUGCUCAUACUGUACAUAAACUUGUAUAAAGUGUCAUUACUCUUAAUAUUAUCAUUUAUAUUAUAUUUCUUUUAUCUUUCUUUAUUAGGUAUAUUUUCUUAAGCAUCUACUA